GUAAGAAUCAAACGAUCUGACCUAGUGUACUCAAAGACUCUCAAAAAUACAAUACCAUUGAGUGGUAAACCACAAAUUAGGAUAAUCACCUCGUAGUAAAAGCAGAUUAUAACCGCCUUGAAAUGUUAGUAUAGAUUAACGACUCUAUUUCUUUAAACGAUAGACUACAAAAUACACUAACUAAAUAAUGGCUAACCUAACUUUUUUUGCAUUUAACAACCAUCGACACUCAAAAAGAAUGCACUCAGUAGAAAAACAGCUAUGAGAUACCAUAAAAUUUCAUUAUAUUAUCGACUCUAUAGUCUUAUCAUAAGGAUAAAAAUGCUUUGAAGGUAAGAAUAACACUUCACACGUUUUGCAUUUAGAGAUAACAGAUGUGCCGCCAGGGUCGUACUCUCAUUGUUGCAAUUGAUAAGCACGUGGUUUAUCUGUCUAUGUCGACAUGUUAUUUAGUGGUAAUUUUUUCUGACCUAUACGUAACUACAAUUGUAAUAAAAGAGCGAGCGAGACACCAAUAAAAAAAAAUUACCUGGCCUGUUAUCAAAUUGUGGGACACAUGAUAUUAUUGUAGUUUUAAAUCUUAGUGUCUAACUGGCUUUCGCUCGUUCAGUACAUGUGUUCUUAUUCAAUUCCUACUGAUCUUUUACACAACUUAGCUAAGUUUUACCGGACAUUCUCUGCUUUCGAUUGGAUUUUGUACCUUGUGAUUUUAACGACCCUGGCUACGUUUUACUGGACUUUGUACCUUGUGAUUUUGACGACCCUGGCUACGUUUUACUGGACUUGAUAAUAAUUAUGUGGCGACCGUGGGUCAAUGCGAGUGCAAGUGAACAUAAGUCAUAUGUUCACUUAGACAUUGGUGCUCAACGAACUGUUUUAGCAGUUCAUAAAAAAAUUCUUGCUGAAAACGGACCAUAUGGUGCAAUCAAGCGCACAGCAGAAUUGACAGAAUACAGUGAGAGUACCGUCAAGAGAGUAGUUGCCCGGAAAGAACCUAGGAAGCCGAAAGUGAAUAAAUCUAAAUUCACAAAGAUCGAUAGCUUCACUAAAGACUUCAUUGACAGAGUAAUAAGUGAUUUUUAUUCUAAAAACAUGUCACCCACUACAAUGAUGAUAUAUGAAGAACUAACUAAAGAUGGUGCAAGCUUUCCAUAUUCACAAUCAUAUUUGUGCAAAGCGCUGAAGCAUUUGGGAUAUCGUUAUUCUACUUUAAACAAAAGACAAAUUUUAAUGGACUCUCCAAGACUGCUAAACCUACGCGACCAAUAUUUACAAGAAAUAUUGAGAUUUCGUGACUUGGGAAAGUUUAUCGUCUUUUUAGAUGAAACGUGGUACGACACCCAUGACGUCGCAAACAAAGGCUGGACCAAAGAAGACAGUAAUUGUACGUUAGACGCGCCGGCAUCAAGAGGCAAAAGAAUAAUUAUUCUACAUGCUGGAUCAGAAGAUGGCUGGGUGGACGGUGCUUUACUACUCUCGGCAAAAAACAUGGCCAAUUGUAGUGCCGACUACCAUGAAGACAUGACCGCCGCUUUAUUUGAAAGGUGGUUUGAGAACCAGUUGCUGCCAAAUAUUCCUGCCGGGAGUGUCAUUGUGAUGGACAAUGCGCCAUAUCACUCCCGGCAAAAGGAGUUAGUGCCUUGCACUAAUACUAAGAAAGGUGAUAUUCAAAAAUUUUUAAAAAAGCAUCAAAUUGAUUACCCGGAUAAGGCAACGAAAAAAAUGUUGCUAAAUAUUGUAAAAAGCAAGACAUUCAAAAAAAGUUAUCACGUGGAUGAAAAAGCUAAAGAAAGGGGUUGCGAACUAAUAUGUAUAAUAAUUAUACAUUUUUAUCUGUCUACAUAUUUUAUUUAACACCGCAAUACGUCCCUGUCGUGGCUAAGGUGCAUGUGUCUUUCCAAAAGAUUGAAUAUGAUGUUAUCUUUUUAGACCAUUUUAACCCCUUUCAACAAGAAAUAAGGUUUAAAAUUCAAUAUACAUGCAAUAUACUUCUAACUUAUUUUGUAAGUAAAUUGGUUGGCGCCUACGAGAACAAAAGCAGAUAAUAGGAUUGUAAUAGAACAAUGCCAUUGUUAGUACAGGUAAGUGAACAAGAUCAGUUCAAAAAA